ACACGGUAGUCCACCGACUUCUCUUUUUCAUGUUCUUUACUUUCAUUUAAGCUUUAACAUGAUAUAACCACAAAUAUUUUCUGUUGUUUCUCUCGAAAAACCGUUCUCGAAUCCUGUGUCUUUUUAUCUUUAUCUUGCUAUGUUUAUAGGUAGAAUACGUAGGAGGAUUUGUAAGUUGUCUAAAAUGAUUACCCAUUUGGACAAGUUUGUUGUUUUGUCUCCUAGUGUCUAUGAGAAAUCCUAUGUUGUUCACAACCGAUGUUCUGUUUCACUCGGUGUUAGAUACUUUAGGAGUUCUGGACUUGUCUUUAAACCAAAAGCAUCUCUGGCUGAUUCCAUACGAUUAUCAAGUUCUGGUUUAGCUAGCCGUAUCUCACGGGCGGCUAAAACUGAGGCUCAGGUUGUUCUAUUUGAUUACUUACAUUCUACUAGGAGCUUUAGCUUCAUGGAUGCUGAGCAUAUUAGCAAGAACUCACCUCAUUUUCUUCAAAAUUUGUUGUCCAAGAUUGAUCCUGAGAAAGAUGUGGCAAAGUCUUUAACUAAAUUCCUUAGGUACAAUCCUGUUAAUGAGUUUGAACCAUUUUUUGAGAGCUUGGGUUUGAGCCCUUCAGAGGUAUCGACACUUGUUCCUCAGCACUUGAUAUUUUUGAGGGAUGAUAGUGUCAUGCUCGACAAUUUUCAUGUUUUAUGUGAUUAUGGGAUUCCUCGUGGUAAGAUGGGUAAGAUGUAUAAAGUGGCCAGGGAGAUUUUUGGAUAUGAUUAUGGAGUAUUGGCUUUGAAGCUUCAGGCUUAUGAGAUUUUGGGUCUCAGCAAACCAACAGUUAUAAAGCUUGUUAGUUGUUGUCCAUCUCUUUUGGUUGGUGGUGUUGAUACUGAAUUUGCUGGGGCUCUUGAGAAAUUGAAAGUAUUGGGGAUCAAGAAUGAUGACAUUGGAGGGUACCUUUCAGGUAAGGGCAUGUAUGAUUGGGGUAGGAUGCUGGACAUGCUGAAUUUUCUUGAUAGAGUGGGUUAUAAUGAGGAGCAGUUAGGUAAUUUAUUUAAAACAAAUCCUGCGUUGUUGUUUGAAGGUUCAGGGAAGAAGGUUUAUGUAUUAUUUGGCCGCUUAAUCAAAUUAGGUCUAAGGAUGAAUGAGGUUCAUUCCUUGUUUAAGCAGAAUCCGCAUAUCUUGUCAGUUAAGUGCACCAAAAAUCAUUUGAAGGCAUUGGAUUUCUUGUUUGAUAUUGCAAUGGAUACUGAAGAUAUUGCACACAUUGUAUCUAGGCAUGUGGAACUUAUGGGUUCAUGUUCUCUGAAAGGCCCUAAAACAGUUUGUAGGGAGUUAAAUGUUGAGAAAGAAGAAUUAUGCCAAAUUAUAAAGGAAGAUCCGCUGAAAUGGUUCAGUUUGGCUUCUAAAUCAAAGGUCCAAAGCAGUGGGCAGGUAGCUUCAAAAGAUACAAGUAAAUAUCUAGAGAAGACAGCAUUCUUGUUGAGAUUGGGUUAUCUGGAAAACUCAGAUGAGAUGUUGAAAGCAUUGAAACAGUUCCGAGGCAGAGGGGAUCAAUUGCAGGAGAGGUUUGAUUGCCUGGUAAAUGCUGGUUUGGACUGUAAUGUUGUCAAAAAACUAAUUAGACAUGCUCCAAUGGUGCUUAACCAGUCAAAGGAUGUAAUUGAGAAGAAAAUUGACUGCUUAAAAAACUGGUUAGGCUAUCCACUUGAAUCUGUAGUGGCAUUUCCAGCAUAUUUGUGUUAUGAUAUGGAAAGAAUUAGCCGCAGAUUUUCGAUGUAUGUGUGGCUAAGGGAAAGAGGAGCAGCCAAGCCCAAGUUGUCCUUGAGCACACUCCUUGCCUGUUCAGAUGCCCGAUUUGUAAAAUAUUUCGUAGAUGUCCAUCCCAAAGGUCCGGCCAAAUGGGAGAGUCUAAAUAAAUCAUUACAUUCAAUUUAAUCUAAAUUCCAUUCGUUCUUUGUACUCAUUAUAUUUUAUGCCUUAGAAAUUGAUGAAUGUAGGAUACAAGUGGAGUCUGAUAUACACAUAGUAUAAAUUUUCUUGUCA